AAAUGGCUGUCGGAAAGUAAACCUUCGAUUAAAAACGUGUCGCGAUAGCGCAGCGUCGGUGCCUUUGAAGAUCAAAGUAAUCAUCCGGGGAAAAAUAACGGAAGAUCUGGAAUGGUUUCCAUUGGAUUUUAUAACCUUCGCAUUUUGAAGGAUUCUAUCGAUCGGACCCGGGGUGCACCCAUAAAACGAAAAAGGACAGUAAUUUAUGCCUUUGCCACUUCUCGACUUAUUUCGAAAUAAUGUGCGAGCGAUCUCCCACCGCGAGCGAAGAGGACGUGAGCAAAGAGGUCCGUCGAAGUGUAUCGGAGCCGCUGUCACUUUUUCAAAAAUGCCAGGAAUUUUCUCCCGACGUAGGAGAUCCCGCCGACGUCGACUUUUGGAUAAAGAACGAGGUUCCCCCCUUGGAAGCCAAAAAAUUGCCCAAUAACGACGAUUCGAGGGAACCGCUCAGCUCGGAGUGCUCCAGCGAUUCGACGAGAAACUACACGUUCGUAAAUCCCCAAGAAUUUAAAUGCCUCGAUUACGACGAGGAGGAGCCAUGCGUUUCGCCUAGGUUUCGUCCCUGCGGGACUUUCCACCCGGAAGAGGAGGAAGAGGGGGAAGAGGAAGAAGAACCGGACGUCGAGGGCACUUUGGCGAUAAUUAAACCGGAAGCCGUGGAAUGCCGACUGGAAAUUGAGUAUCGGAUAUUCGAGGAGGGCUUCGAGGUGCUCCAAAGGAGAUACCUACGGUUGACCCCCGAGCAAGUCGCGGAUUUUUAUUCCGCUCGUUACGGGCACCCCGACUUUGCCCGUCUCGUUUCGUACAUGUCUUCGGGUCCCGUAGUCGUUCUGGUUUUAUCAAAGCACCAGGCCGUUCAGGAUUGGCGAUUGAUAAUCGGCCCGACAAAGGUCGCGGAAGCUCUAUUGUACCACCCCGACAGCAUUCGAGCAAGAUACGGUCAAAAGGAAGAAGAGGAAUUCAGAAACGCCGUCCACGGAAGCGCGAAUCGCGAGCAGGCCGAACGAGAGAUCCAUUUCUUUUUCCCCGAAUUCAUCGUCGAGCCUUUGCCCAAAGAAGUCGCGGCCGCCGAUUACUUGUGGGAAGUCCUUAAUCCCGUGUUAGUCGAGGGCCUCUCCUUGGUAAUUAUCGACGGUCGCCAUAAAAAUUUGAUAAUUAAAAAAAAAAACAGAUACGUCUAUUUUGAUCAGUGUUGCAAGACCAAACCGGACGAUCCGAUCUCGUGGUUGGCAAACUGGCUCCUCGAGAACGAUCCCAAUAACCCGAAAAUACCGGAAGACCUAGCUCUCGUCCCCACGUGAGCUCGAUCGUUCUCCCGCUUGGAACAAGACCCAUCGAUCGUGGAAUAUCGCCUAUUAAAGUAU